UUCUUAAAGUAUAAUAUUUUUAAAAUAUUGUGUGAAAAUUUGAAGUGAAUCCGACAAAUUCUUUUCGAGUUAUUUAACAAUGACCAAAGGACGCUCGGGUGCUACGUGGCAUUCGAGAGCAGGUAGCUAGAAACAGCUGCAAGCAACCGACCUUUCGGGUUUCAUUGCCAUGAAUAUCUCCCCAUUUUAAUGUAGUACAAGAACUGAAAAAUAAUUUUUGGUUGCCAGUAUACCUGUAGUCGUUGCACUGAUCAGUCGAUAGUUUUGUGAUAAAUUAUUUCUCAAGUGAAUUAAAUUAUUAACCAUGGGACGUGAUUCUAGAAAGGUUUCAAGAGAACUUCGGAGUUCUGAAAAAAUUAAUAAGUCGCGUUCAGUCAAAAGAAAGAAUGUUUUUAAUCCGAAAACAGCCGAAAGUGAUGAAAGUAUUCAGAGUACAUCUUCUAAAAAAUUAAAACAAAACACUGAAGAUGAUGUACCUGAAGACAGCAGUACUGAAUUUCGAAUAAUAAAUUUGAUGAAAUUCGAGUGAUGAAAAACCGAAUCAUGAUAUGUGUCCAAAAGGCGAAGAAUCUUGGUGCUCUUACCAGCGCGCUGAAGCAAGAGGAGAGCUUGAUACCUAUUCUCACGAUUAUUCUCCCUUACCUUCUGAUGUUUUAAAAGCUAUCAAGCCUAUAUACGAAGGUCUUAGUAAUGAAAAUUUACUUUCAAGAUGUGUAGGUGGAUUCAAUCAGAAUAAUAAUGAAAGCUUUAACCAACUAGUAUGGAAAAUAUGCCCAAAAACGGUAAAUACUAGUUUUACUGUCGUACAAAUAGCUGCAUACGUUGCUAUGUGUAUAUUUAAUGAGGGUAUAAAUUCAUUAUUAGUCUUGAUGAAUACACUAGGACUUAAUUGUGGGCCUAAUUCUCAUCGGUAUGCAGAAAGAAUGGAUGCUGCACGUAUCAAAGUAGCAGAUAAGCGCGCUAAUGAUAACACCCGAGAAGGUCGAUUGCAACGUAGGCACCAGCAAAUCAAUAUUUUGGAAGCUGCUAUGACGGCUGAAGAGCUAUUAUAUGGUCCAGGAAUAGAUGACUCAGUAUGAAUCUCCAAGGACUUAUGAUGAUCACCGCAAAGGACUUCGGGAGGAACGGGCUCUACAAAAACAGCGAUAACUUUUUGAAUUAUUAAUUUUUUUUUUUGAAAUUUUCGUGAAGUCAAAUCGAAACGUGUUCUAAUAAAGCUAUGUUUUUAUUUUUGUCAAAUAAAGUAAUUAACUACAAAAAAAAAAUUAUUGAAAAUCAUCAUUUUUUCAGGCCUCUGAGUACCCCU